ACGAAGAGCCAAGGCGCCUCAUCCACUUUACCAGGCUUCACUCCUCUCCUCUCGCUCUCCCUCAUCCCCUCCCUCUCUCCCUCUGCAGAAGAAGGAAAUGUUUCUCCUCUCCCCUCCCACGUCCCUUCGCCUUCCGUCUCUGAAGCCCCUCAAGUCCUCCUCCUUCCUCCAUGGAUCCCUUCCUCUCCCCCUUCUCAACCAGCCCUCCACCUCUUCCUUUCCGGCUGCGCCACCACCGCCAUCCUUCCUCCCCAUCAAGGCCAUGAAGAAGCUGCAAGGCAAGGUGGUCUGCUCCACCAACGACAAGACCGUGGCCGUGGAGGUGACGAGGAUCUACGCCCACCCCAAGUACAAGCGCAGGAUCAAGAGCAAGAAGAAGUAUCAGGCGCACGACCCACUUAACCAGUUCAAAGUGGGAGAUAUCGUCCAGCUCGAGAAGAGCAGACCCAUCAGCAAGACCAAGUCGUUCCUCGCCGUCCCCGUUGCCCCCAAGAACAAGCCUAAGUCGCCGGAAGCAGUGCCAGAGGAGCUAGGCCUCCCUCUGGAGCCCGCUCGGUCAUAGGGAGCUCUCCCCCUCUGGUUUUCUUUCUCUCUUGUUUCUGCUUCUUCUACUUUUGAACUGUGGAUCUUAUGUGGCUCAAAUUUUGUGGGUACUGAACGAAUUGUGGUUUUAGUUGCUUUUC